CGGUGAGAGAGCUUCCACAUUACUCACUACAAGCACCUCGAAGUGACUCAAUAACUGGGAAGCCAUUGGCCGAACGCUUUAGCCUUUGCUCCUAAUGCCGAGUUCUAAACACACGUACGGACGACUCCCAUAAGCUGUCUUCUUAAGAAUAAGUUUCACAAGUCCCCAUUGCCAACAACAAGCACCAUCAACAUGGUGAAGGUCGCGAUGAGGCAAACAGCAUUUCGACUCAGCCGACAAGUCCUCAAUGGCACCCAACUGAGGGCCUAUUCGCAAUCUGCCGCAUCGCCCCCUCGUCAUCUUAUGUCCAUAAGUGACCUCUCUCCAGCCGAAUUCGCCACCUUAGUCCGGAAUGCUGCCUCUCACAAGAAGGCCGUUAAGGCUGGCCAGACCCCUCCCGCCUUGAGCUCAAGCCUUGCUGGCAAAACCGUCGCUAUGAUGUUCAGCAAGCGGAGCACCAGAACCCGAGUGUCGACCGAGGCUGCCGUCGCCCUUAUGGGUGGUCAUCCCAUGUUUCUGGGCAGUUCCGAUAUCCAGCUAGGGGUGAAUGAGUCUCUAUACGACACUUCCAAAGUCAUCUCCUCCAUGACGUCCUGUAUGGUCGCCCGUGUAGGGCCCCAUUCGGAUGUUGCCAACUUAGCUAAGGAUUCGAGCGUGCCCGUCAUUAACGCCCUGUCCGACGACUUCCACCCUCUCCAAAUUAUCGCCGAUUUCCUCACCAUUCACGAGGCCUUCGGGACAUCUGCCUCUCCAGACAAGUCUGACCUAGGCGUCAGGGGUCUCAAAGUCGCCUGGGUCGGUGAUUCUAACAACGUCCUGUUCGACCUCGCCAUCGGCUGUGUCAAGAUGGGUGUUGACAUCGCCGUCGCGUCGCCCGCCGGCUACGGCAUUCCUGAAGCCAUGAAGCAAGUCAUUGCUUCAGCUGCCCACGGUGUCUCGUCUCCUGGAAAACUCUCCCAAACCACCGUCCCCGAGGAGGCUAUCAAAGACGCCGAUGUUCUCGUUACCGACACAUGGGUAUCGAUGGGACAGGAGGAAGAGGCCCAGAAGCGGUUGAAGGCUUUCGCAGGUUACCAGAUCACCAAUGACUUGGCUAAGCGUGGGGGCGCCAAGGAAGGAUGGAAGUUCAUGCACUGCCUUCCCCGUCAUCCCGAUGAAGUAGCCGACGAAGUGUUCUACAGCCCCAGGUCGUUGGUGUUCCCGGAAGCGGAGAACCGGUUGUGGGCAGCGAUUGCUGCUUUGGAAGGGUUUGUCGUAAAUAAGGGUCAGAUAUAGGCGAGAAGCUGGGUAUCACGUUUUCUUGGGCGGUCGAAAAAGUUGGACAACGAGUGAACCAAGUGAAGUUUAGAAUUGGCCCGAUAAAAAUAUCACGCUUGUCAUCACCAGGCGAGCAAGGAGAACUAAGUUGAAACGGAAAGUUUGUUUCAUAAUACAGCCUAGUGAUAGUAAACACCUCCGACAAACGCCGCGUAGCCUUCUUUGGUUCAUGUACAAUAGCGGCUUGUUAACCGGGAGGAAGCUGGCUAGCGUCGACAAUCUCAUCGGCUUCCUUAAGGAGGGGCUCAUCCUGUUCGCUCUGCAGCGGAGAUCGGGGCAGGGCCAUCAGACCAGUCCGGGCCGAUUCCAGGAUGCCGAAGGGGCCAACAAGUUUCAGGAAAGAGUCGAUUCUCGAUUGUUUG